UCCCGCGAAAUAACAGUACGUGUAACACAUCAUUUGUAUAUGCCAAAGUGUUUUCGUAUGAAGACGAAACAGUCAACGUCCCCGAGAAGUUAAAUUGUGACCAGCGCCUGUGGGAGAGCUAACUCUAUAUAGUAAUUAUCGUUGUAUUUAGUUUUUGAUUGCUGGCAGACAUCAUAUGAAAUGAUGAUGGAUUUGGCAUUAAAACAGAAAAAGGGGCAGGUGUUUGUUCUGGGAGGAUAAUUAGGCAGUGACUGCUUUGAUGCGAUGACCCAGUAGCCGUAUAUGUACUAGUCACCAGUGUUUAUUUACAUUCACCAUUGUUAAAUAAAACACAGAACACAUGUGCACAACGGUUUGAAUGCUACAUAGCGUAGCGGGAGUAUAAAUGGGAACAAUUAUAAGCGGGAUGUGGACUUGUGGUGCUCCCAGCAUCAGUAACCUAUAGUCGCUAGCUGAUGGGGUGUUCAGGGAGCGCAGUUGUCGUCAACAGACAUGCGUCAUUGACGCUGUAUUUCUAUCCUGUGUUACAUAAAGGAAGGAAGUAGGAUAGUUUCAUAUUGGGGCUUAAGUUAUUAAGCGGAAGGACAUGUAUAUAGGGAUGAGCUAAAAUACUUCAAUAUCCACUGCUUGAAGCUGUCAUUCGGGAAAAAGUCGGUCGAUGGUCCAUCGUAACCAUUCAGUGUACACAGAGCUGAUAAAGCAUUAAAGGCAUUGACGUUACUAUUUCUUAUAUCCAGAAUGGAGACACCAAUAUUGGAUCCCAACGAUCGCCAAGGAGGAAAGGCGUUUGGUUUAUUGAUGGAAGAGAAAUUAAAACUACUGGAGAAAAUCAAUGAGGAAUUUAAAGACGAUGAUACUUACAAAGAAAUGGAGGAUCUGGAAGAGAAACUCAAUCAAUAUAAAGAGAAGUUCCUCGAGUUUGACCUCGACAAUUCUGGAGACAUAGAUUUACUGGCACUGACAAGGAUGUUGGAAAGACUGAAUGCAACUAAAACACACUUGGAUGUGAAGAAAAUAAUGGACGAGGUUGACACGACGGGCACGGGAACAAUAUCGUACAAGGAGUUCGUCACGAUGAUGUUGGGCGGCAAGAAGUGUAUCCUCAGGCUGAUAUUGUUUUUCGAGUCUGCUGGACAGGAACCCGAGAAGCAGAAAGGCGUGGCACCACCCCGUACUCUCGACUCUCUGCCGUAACGUCUGACAUAAAUAGACCAUUCCAAUCUGUGGAAAGUCCAUUGAUCGUGCUAGCGUUUAUGUGUCUGGAAUACGCUAGUAAAGUGUUCUUAUUAUCCGAAACAUCAUAUUUCCCAAUGUCAUUUUGCGUAAUCUGACAUCUUCUAAAUUAUUCACAAUUUAAGCGCGCAAUUUCCUCUACAGAAGUCUUGCUAGGUUGCAUGAAUGGUUUUCGAUGGUAUCAACUUUCCAGACGUUUAAUUUUCAAUCCACAGACGGACUUCAUACAUUUACUUUCUAGAGUUUGGAAAUAGUUUCCCCAGUCGUUACAACCUGCUUUAUUCACCCGAAACAAUUACUUUUCAUUGAAAAAGCUUAAUCAUCACCCAUAUAAGAAACAUGAUUUAUAAUUUACCAUUAUAACCCAUAUAAGGAAUAUGAUUUAUAAAUGACAAUCAUCACUCAUGUAAGGAAAAUUAUUUAUAAUUAACCAUCAUCAUCCAUAAAAGGUAAUGAUUCAUAAUUGACCAUCAUCACCCAUAUAAGGAAUAUGAUUUGUAACUGCCAUUUUGUAAUAGAUCAUUCACGUCUAAUAUGUAUACAUUGUGUAUAGUAAUGAAGCAAUAUAUUUUCAUUAACUGUCGUUCUCAACAAUUAGAUAUGUACACUGUUGUUUUUAUAUAGUUGUCUGCCAUAUCAUACUUUCAUGAAUUAAAUUAAAUAUCAGUGCGAUAUGUAUUAAA